UUCUGCGUCUUCCUGAAGUGGAACAAGAAGACUACAGCAUCAAGCCGCGGGUUUGUUAUUCGCUUCUGUUGGCUUCUCCUUUUAUGAGAAAUUCGUUUUCUUUGUCUUUGGCCAAACCUCUUUUUUUUUUUUUUUUUUUUUUUUUUUUCCAUCUUCAUCGUACACGAACACAUACGACCGGAUGGCUGCGAACUGUUGGGGCGCUAUUCGGCGCAGGAAGGGGGGAUUGCUCAGGAGGGGAAAGGAGCCGCCCUUUCUUCCAUUUCUUCAUUUCAUCUUCUAUCGACUUUUUGGGGGACAAAACGAGGCCAUCACCGAGGCAUGCGAAGGGGAUUGAACGCUACAUUCCUGAAACGGGAUGGUUGGGCACGACUGGCAGUGCGGAGGAGGACAUUUACAACAUUUCUUUCAUCUUCUCGGGAAGGCAUCUUUUCCACACUUUGCAGAAAUGAAGUGAUGACCACGAACCACAAAAACCUCGCAAUCGUGGGGUUAUUCCGAAACAACUUGUUACGGCAGUUUUUUGUACAUUAGAGCGGCCCCUGGGGUCCUGCGGGAUUCAUGCAGACGACGAUCGCGUUGGCUUUUGCUUUUUUCCCUUCUUCAAAACGGCGAAUCGAGAAAUCAGAGUUUUGAGAAAUCUUGUUUCUCCCGCAGUGACUUGCUAUCUACCUAC